AUGGCGCUUAACGUUGAAGCACCGACGAAGGGGCCGCGCGUGUCGGAAGCUCAGAAGGAGACGGUGGUCGCCUUCAUGCAAGAGCAUCCCCCGCUGGCUGUAAGAUCCAGCGAGCUGGGGCCACGCUUCACUGCUGGCGACCGCCGACGGCUGUGGCAGCAGCUAGCCGAGCAGCUCAACACGCAAGGCCCCGUCGUGAAAACCGUCGAGCAGUGGCAAGAGUGGUGGCGGAAGCAAGUCUUCGAGGCCCGCCGCAACGCUGCCGCACUUGCCCAAGAACAAAGAAGCACAGGAGGGGGGCGGCUACAUGGUUUUCAUGGCCGAGUCCUGCAGCUAACCGGGACGGUCCGCCUCCACGGCGUGACCGACCUCCCCUACCAAGAGCAGGCUGACGUCCCCACCUAUGGCAUGGAAGUCGUCGUCGAAGACGAGGCUGCGGGCGUGAGCACAGCGACACCGGCAGAGGAUCCACCGCGCGGCGCGGCGCCUGCCGAAAGGGUGGCCGCUGCACCUGUGUUGCAGCACCCUGUUCGGCCACCACGUCGACAGCGACCGCGACGGGUGGAUACCCUGACUACGAUGUCUUCGCAGUGCGCCCGCAGCCUGGAACAGGGCGACGAGGUGCUGCAGGUUGGUAGGCCCUUUGGCGUCAUUUUACAUGAAGGACAUAAAUAUUCUUUAUGCUUUGUUAUAAGUAAAUCAUGAAUCUGAAAAACAAAUCAGCUUGGGAUGUAAACAAGAAAUAUGCGUUGUAUAGAGGGCUCGGUAACGUAUCUUGCCAACGAUCAGCCGCCGGACGAAAGGUUGGGUAGCCCUGAAAAGGGCUGUUUGGUGGUGAGAGAUGCAUUAGAAUAGAUGACGGAAGAGUAGUUCCAGCAGGUCUUUGUCUGUCCAAACGAAGAGGGUAUAGCUUGUACGCGACGCUUGACACUGCCAAAGAAUGCCAUCAGGCCAGUGGCUCUUCAGCAGAGAGGGAAUCGUUGUGCACGUUGCAAUUCUUCACAACAGCAGCUUGCAGCCGUGAGCUGGUUGCGAGUAAUCAGCAACUGAUGCGAACAGUUCCACCAUGAUUAUUCAUUCCAGGUGCUGCGCAGAAUCGAGGCUUCAACAACCCGCCUCGCUGUCGCGGCAGAACGGACGGCAGCAGCCCAGGAGGGGAUCCUGGAACAGGUGCGCGCCAUAGCGCAGGACAUCGCUGAGCACCUGCAGCAAGCGAGACA